AUGAAAGCCACUCAAGCCUUCCAAAAGGCUUACCAUUUCCUUCCGAUUCACAAUUACAACUUGUCCCGACAACAAGCCAAAUCUUUUCUCGUGAUACUUAAGGAGAGUUCAUCAAGGUUUGCUGUAAAUAAUGUAGAAAUAUCGAACAAAAAUCGUAGGACCAUCCAUACUAAUUUUGUUUUAUUAAAAGAGAGAAUGUUUGACAAUGAAAUUGAUCAACAAAUUUAUGAGAGGGAAAAGGAAGCAUUGAUGAAAGGUAGUGGUAGUGAAGGCGAAACAAACACUCAAGAAGAGACAGGGAGUGGAAUGACCAACUUUGUAGUUGUGUCAUCACUCUUUAUUUGUAUUUGGUAUGGACUCACGUACUGGUACGACAAAGUUACAACAUCUAUUCGAGAAAUGGAAAGUUUUGAUUGGUUGAUGAGUGGAAAUUUAAAUACAAAUACAUUGUCAGACACAGAUGAGACUAACAUUUCAUUGACGCUAUAUGCAAUCAAGGGAUAUUUCAAAGAACAUCAAUAUAUGGACGAGUUUUAUAAUCCUAAUUUUAUCAAAAACAUUUUCAAGUUGGCCUUAUCCAAAAAUAAUAAUCUCAGCGAACAAGCGCUUGAAAUAAUCUCACUCAUUUUUCGAAAAGGUUCAUCUCCUCGAUUGGUAGAGCUAUUUUAUAAGACAUCGAUUCAAAACAAGGAUUUCAAUGUUAUUCGAAUGGUAAUUGAUAACAUUAGCUCUUUUCAAAAUACUUCUUCACACAUCAGUUUUGAAGAGCUUUCAAAUUUAGCUAAUAUGUCUUCAAGAGAUGUUCAAAGUAUUCAACAAUUUGAAUCCAUUGAUAUGCGUCAAACAAGAGCUAUGGUACUUCGAGAAAAACGCUCUCUCUCUCUCAUCUCACAUUUUUUCUCCAACAAACAUUUAUUGAAGCAUUUCCUUGAAGAUGAAACUUACAAAAACGAGCUUAUUAAUUUAUUCAACAAAGGAAAUGACUUGGAAAGGUUUAUUGCAUUGAUUUGCAUGAACGGGAUUGUAAUGUCUUGUGUUACUAAGAGCAACAUGAGAUCUUUAAAUGAAACCCAUCCACAUCUUAUUAACGCAAUGAAUCAAUCUGCAAUGAAGGUAAAGGAUCAGAUUUAUAAGAAUCAUGUCGCUAUAUUGUCAAGACACAUUGAAACUAUGAACGAGAAUACUAUGGUUUUAAGCCUUAAAUCACCCAAUUCAACUAAUUUGCUGGGAUCAGCUAUUGUAAGCUUUAUUUGCCAUCUACAUAUGAAAUAUCAAGUCAGGAUCCCUGUUCAUAGAUCGAUAUGGAGAGCAUCCGUACUAUUUGCCUACUGUAUUUAUCACUCAACUUACCAAAAAUCACUCUCCAACUUUUUAUCGGACAGAGUUCACAAUAAGAACGCUUCAUUACCCUUAGCAGAGUACAACAAGAAGUGGAAUGAUUCAGAAUACAAAAUCCUAUUUUUGAAUGGAAUGUUAUGGAUUAUCACGAACAGUAUUGUUAGGAAUUGGUUUGCUUUUGUGCCACUACUUCUCUUUUGA